CUCCUCUUCUCAUACACAGAGCGGAAGGAGCGCCGCGUUUCCUGACGCACGGCACCGUCAACCAAGCCAAGUCAAGUCUACUCGGUGCGUCGGCGGAGGGACCCAGAAACUGAGGCGCCUCCGCAUCGUGUAGGCUAUACGUCUCUGUGUGUGUGGUGUGUGUGUGUGCAUGUGUAUGUCCGUGUGUCCGUGUGUGUGUGUGGCAUGUGAGCAGCGAGUGCUUUUCUUUUUCUACGGGAAGGACUAAGCAAGCUGGUCGGAAAGAAAGGGAGCGACCUGUAGAGGGGAUAAAGGACUUGCCGGCUGUCCCCGAUACCCAGCGACGGACAUGGAGCGGCUGUGCGGACCAAAGCUCCCCUUCUGGGUAGACAAUCAGACCUUCCACACAGAUCGGCCCGACCUCCCAGAGUGUUUUCAGCUCUCUGUCCUGUCAUGGCUGCCAUGCAUCUACCUGUGGGCUGUCUGCCCCAUCUACCUCUUCUAUCUCCAGAGAAACAACAGAGGCUACAUCAUGAUGUCCAUCGUGAACCGAUUCAAAACGGUGUUUGGCUUGGCGUUAUGGAUUGUGUGCUGGGCAGAUCUCUUCUACACAUUUCACGAGACGCAGCAAGGCCACAGUCAGCCGCCCAUCUUCUUUGUUACCCCGCUGGUGCUUGGCAUGACCAUGCUGUUGGCCACGUUUCUGAUCCAGUUCGAGAGGUUACGUGGGGUUCAGUCCUCGGGGGUCCUCUUCAUCUUCUGGUUCCUGUCUGUGUUGUGUGCCAUCGUGCCUUUCCGCUCCAAGAUCCUACAGGCCUCCAGCCAGAGCGAAGUCCCUGACAAGCUGCGUUUCACCACAUUCUACUUCUACUUCAGCCUGGUGGUCUGUGAGCUGAUUCUCUGCUGCUUCAAUGAGAAGCCUCCACUCUUCUCCAAUGUUGUCACAGACCCUAAUCCCUGCCCUGAAUCCACAGCAGGUUUUCUAUCCACCAUCACUUUCUGGUGGUUCACUAGUAUGGCCAUUAAAGGCUAUAAAGUGCCCCUGGAGGCCAAAGACCUCUGGUCCCUGAACCAGCGUGACAGAUCUGGGGUGGUGGUGCCCAAACUCCUCAAAGAGUGGGAGAAAGAGCAUGCCAAAGCCCAGAGUGAACAGAAUCUUUCCAGUCAGGCUGUGUACUCCAAGCCACUGCCAGCAACAACUAACCACAUAGGAGGUGGAGGAGGUGAAGGAGGGGGUGAAAGCAGCCCGGAGGAAGUGGAGGUGCUGCUGGCCAAACAGAAAGGAACUCCCCGGCAGCCAUCCUUCCUACGGGCCCUCAUCAAAGCUUUCGGACCCUACUUCCUAAUCGGCUCGGCCUACAAACUCCUGCAGGAUGUCAUCACCUUUGUCAACCCUCAGCUCCUCAGGAUGUUGAUUUCUUUUACCAAUCAGAAGGAUGUUCCUGAGUGGUGGGGCUUUGCGCUGGCCUUCCUCAUGUUCUUUACAGCCUUUCUGCAGACUCUUAUCCUCCACCAGCAUUUUCAAUACUGCUUUGUCACUGGCAUGAGGCUGAGGACAGCUAUUAUAGGAGCUAUCUACAGGAAGGCACUAGUGAUAACCAAUGCAGCCAAGCGUUCCUCAACAGUGGGAGAGAUUGUUAACUUGAUGUCUGUGGAUGCACAGAGGUUCAUGGACCUCACCACCUUCCUCAACAUGCUGUGGUCCGCACCUCUACAGAUUAUACUGGCACUGUACUUCCUCUGGCAGAACCUUGGCCCAUCUGUGCUGGCUGGCGUUGCUGUCAUGAUCCUGUUGAUCCCUUUUAAUGCUGUGAUUGCUAUGAAGACACGAGCCUACCAGGUUGAACAGAUGCAGUACAAGGAUUCUCGUAUCAAGCUGAUGAAUGAGAUCCUGAAUGGCAUCAAAGUGCUGAAGUUGUAUGCCUGGGAGAACUCCUUCAAAGACAAGGUGCUGGCUAUUCGGCAGAAGGAGCUCAACGUGUUGCGCAAGACGGCCUACCUAGGGGCGCUCUCCACCAUGGCCUGGACCAGUGCCCCUUUCUUGGUUGCCUUGACAACGUUUGCUGUGUAUGUGACUGUGGAUGAGAAUAACAUCCUGGAUGCAGAGAAGGCCUUUGUGUCGCUCUCACUGUUCAACAUCCUUAGGUUUCCUCUCAACAUGCUGCCACAAGUCAUCAGCAGUAUCGUACAGGCCAGCGUUUCCCUGAAACGAAUUCAAGAUUUCCUGAGUCAUGAUGAACUGGAUCCACAUUCAGUGGACAGAAAAAAUGCAGCCACAGAUUAUUCAGUGACAAUUGUCAAUGGAAAAUUCACCUGGGCAAAAGAAGACCCUCCUGCUCUGCACAAUAUUAAUGUAAUGGUGCCUCAGGGCUCCCUGCUGGCCGUGGUGGGCCACGUUGGCUGUGGGAAGUCCUCCCUGAUUUCCGCACUGCUGGGCGACAUGGAGAAACUAGAAGGAGAUGUUUCUGUUCGGGGCUCGGUGGCCUAUGUUCCUCAGCAGGCAUGGAUCCAGAAUGCCACUGUGAGGGACAACAUCCUGUUUGGGAAACCCUACAAUGAGCAGAAGUAUCGCUGUGUUCUCGAAGCCUGUGCCCUGACCCCUGACAUGCAAGUGCUACCUGGAGGAGAUAUGACCGAGAUAGGAGAGAAGGGCAUCAACCUCUCUGGUGGCCAGAGACAGAGAGUGAGCCUGGCCAGAGCUCUGUACAGUGAGGCUGAUAUCUACCUACUGGACGAUCCACUGUCCGCUGUGGAUGCCCAUGUGGCCAAACACAUCUUUGACAAUCUCAUCGGCCCAGAGGGGGCGCUAAAGGGCAAGACCCGUAUCCUGGUGACACAUGGUAUCAGCUUCCUGCCUCAGGUGGAUAACAUAGUGGUGAUGGUGGAGGGCAGGGUGUCGGAGAUGGGCUCCUACCAGCAGCUGCUCAAAGAGAACGGAGCCUUUGCUGAGUUUCUCAGGAACUAUGCUCUGGAGGACAUAGUCGAGGAGGAUGAGGCAACUGAUGACUUAAUAGAAGAGGAGGAAUUAUUUCCUGAUGAUGCACUCAGCAACCAUACGGACAUGGUAGACAAUGAGCCAGUGAUCAAUGAAGCAAAGAGAAAGUUUAUAAGGCAGAUCAGCAGCGUUUCAGCAGAUGGAGAGAACCUCAGGAACCGCUCGGUGAGGAAGCACGGCUGCAGCGUGAGGAAGCACCCAGAUCCUUCACCAGAGAAGAUGAAAAAGCAGCCUGGGAUGGAGAAACUCAUCCAGGCAGAAACUGCAGAGAGAGGCAGGGUGAAAAUGAAGGUGUACCUGGAGUAUGCAAAGGCUGUGGGACCCCUGCUGUCGGUGUUUAUUUGUUUCCUGUAUGGCUGCCAGAAUGCCGCAGCCAUCGGAGCAAACAUCUGGCUCAGCAAAUGGACCAAUGACGCCACUCGAAAUGAGACUCAGAAGAAUGUUCAUAUGAGGGUGGGGGUGUACGCAGCGCUGGGCAUUGCACAAGGUGUGCUGUUGUUGGCUAACUGCCUGCUGUGCCGGGCCUACAGUAUGCUGCGGGCGGCCAAGUAUAUGCACCGCAACAUGCUCCAGAGGGUCCUGCGGGCGCCGCAGGCCUUCUUCGAGAGCACCCCCACUGGGCGGGUCCUAAACCGCUUCAGCAAAGACGUGGACACUAUAGACUCCCACAUCCCAGACAAUAUUGACAUAUGGAUGCGCACUUUCUGGUACACACUGAAUGUGCUGCUCGUAUGCUCUGCCCUCACCCCAAUGUUCCUCAUAGUCAUAGCCCCGUUAAUGGUGUUCUAUUGGUGGGUUCAGAGAUUUUAUGUUGCCACGUCUCGGCAGCUAAAGCGUCUGGAGUCGGUCAGCCGCUCUCCCAUAUACUCCCAUUUCUCUGAGACCAUCACUGGCUGUAGUGUAAUCCGAGCCUAUAGCAGACACUCUGCCUUUGUUCUGAUGAGUGAUAUGAAAGUGGAUGAGAACCAAAAGAGUUACUACCCUGGUAUAGUGUCCAACAGGUGGCUCGGGGUGCGCAUCGAGUUCAUUGGCAACUGCAUCGUACUGUUUGCUGCUCUGUUCGCUGUGAUUGGGAAGGACAAGCUCAACCCUGGGCUGGUGGGCCUGUCAGUGUCCUACGCUCUACAGGUGACCAUGUCUCUGAACUGGAUGGUGCGCAUGACCUCAGAUCUGGAGAGCAACAUCGUAGCAGUGGAGAGGGUCAAGGAGUACUCUGAGACCAAGACAGAGGCCCCCUGGGAGGUGGAGGACAAGAAACCUUCCUCUGAUUGGCCAGUUGAGGGGAACGUGGAGUUCCGUGACUACAGCGUUAGAUACCGUGAGGGCCUGGACCUCGUCCUGAAGAACCUCACCCUGAGCGUCAAAGGAGGGGAGAAGAUUGGUAUUGUGGGACGCACCGGGGCUGGAAAGUCCUCCAUGACACUCUGCCUCUUCCGACUGCUGGAAGCUGCAGGGGGAGAGAUCACCAUUGACGAGGUCAAGAUAGCUGAUAUUGGCCUCCAUGACCUGAGGUCCAAGCUCACCAUCAUUCCACAGGAGCCGGUGCUGUUCUCAGGAACACUGAGGAUGAACCUUGACCCCUUUGAGAGGUACAGCGAUGAAGAAGUCUGGAAGGCUCUGGAGCAUUCUCACCUCCACAAGUUUGUCAGCAGCCAGUCCGCCAAACUGGAGCUGGAGUGCUCUGAGGGAGGAGAGAAUCUCAGUGUUGGCCAGAGGCAGCUGGUGUGUUUGGCGCGAGCUCUGCUGAGGAAGACGAGGAUCCUCAUCCUGGAUGAAGCUACAGCUGCUAUCGACCUGGAAACAGAUGAUCUCAUCCAGUCCACUAUAAGGACUCAGUUUGAAGACUGCACCGUCUUCACCAUCGCACACAGACUCAACACCAUCAUGGACUACACAAGAGUUCUGGUGUUGGACAAGGGACAGAUUGCUGAAUUUGAUACGCCGGCAAACCUUAUAACAAAGAGAGGAAUAUUCUACAACAUGGCUAAAGAUGCAGGACUGGCACAAUAGCAUCGCCUCUUUGCCCCAAUGUUACGAAAUAAACCAGGGUUUAGGAUCAGCUCAUUUCAACACAGUCUAACAAGCACUGGAACUGGAGAGUAACAUUUAUGUGCACUUAGUACCUUUCAGUUGUAAAAACAGAUUCAGGGCACUUUCUGACUGUUUUGAACUAGGGCUGAGCCAAGACUGAACUCUUAAGUGGACUUGUAUCAAAUAGCAGUUGCAAACAAUUCUUAGUGCUGGUGUUGAGCCACAUCAGGACAGUUUAGAUAAUCAACUCCUCAAUCACAGAAAAGUAUACCUUUUUUUGAUGUUUGCAUACUUUCCUGUGAUCGUCUCAAGUUGCUGGCACUGCGUGUGUUCUGUGCGGCAAACACCAUCCAUCUGGCAUCUGAAAAGGAUAAAAUAAGCCAUAACAUGCGUUUGCAAAUCCUAGUUGACCCAAGUCUGCUCUUUAGUGCCUUGUGGCAGCGGGAGGAAGAGAGCCAAUGAAUGUAUCAUUAAAGUUAAAAAAAACAGGAGGAACUUUUUUAUUUUGCUACUUUUUUCUACAAGAAAUACUGUGCCACUGUACUUUCCUCAAAAGAAAAAACAGAAACUUUUGCGAUAAACCCACCUAUUUUUGUACUGUAUCAUUAUUUAAGCUACUUUUUAAAAGAGUUCUCUCAUCUAGGGAAGUUUGCUCAGCUAAAUGUAUGAUUCCUUUGUGAACCAAAUCUGUAAAAACUUGAAUUCUGUACCACCAAAAUAUGGAAUAUGGUAAUGCCUUUAUUAAAAAACAAUACAGAAUAUUG